UAGUCUCGCAUUUCCCAUUGGCUAGAGCCAAACGAGCCGUGGGUGGAGCUUAGCCUAGGCAGGGGCGAGGGAAAUGGAGCCGGCCGCAGCGCUGCUCGGGCUUCUGCUCCUGGUGCCGGCGCUUGCGGAGAGAGCGACCGCGCCUGUCCGCGAUUCCUUGAGAGAAGAGUUAUUGCUUAGCCCCCUCCCUUCCGGUGACCUGGCCGCUACUUUUCAGUUCCGGACGCGCUGGGACUCAGACUUGCAGCGGGAGGGCGUCUCUCACUACAGGCUAUUCCCUAAAGCUCUGGGACAGCUCAUCUCUAAGUACUCGGUACGCGAGUUGCAUCUCUCCCUCACUCAGGGCUUCUGGCGAACACGAAGUUGGGGGCAGCCAUACCUACAAGCUCCUGCUGGAGCCGAACUCUGGGUCUGGUUUCAGGACUCUGUUGCUGAUGUCAACAAGGCUUGGAAAGAUCUCAGUAACAUCCUCUCGGGGAUAUUCUGUGCCUCUCUGAAUUUCAUUGAUUCCACUAACACAGUUAUUCCAACAGCAUCCUUCAAACCUCUGGGACUGGCUAAUGUUACGGAUCAUCAUUUCCUACGAUAUGCUGUCCUGCCUCGUGAAGUUGUCUGCACUGAGAAUCUCACACCCUGGAAGAAGCUAUUGCCCUGCAGUUCAAAGGCUGGCCUGGCUGUGUUGCUGAAGGCUGAGCGCCUCUUCCACAGCAGCUAUCAUUCCCAAGCGGUGCACAUCCGCCCCAUUUGCAGGGAUGCUGCUUGCCUGAGCGCCUCAUGGGAACUCAGACAGACCCUCACAGUUGUUUUCGACAGCUUUGCCUCCGGCCAAGGGAAGAAAGACUGGAGCCUUCUCAAGAUUUUCUCUCGCACUCUAACUGAAGCAUGUCCCCUGGCAUCUCAAAGCAAGAUCUAUGUUGACAUUUCAAGCAAAGGCCAGGUGGGUGGGAAAGAUACUGAACAAUACGUGAAUGAUGCCCAGCUCCAUUUCUCCCUAACAGCUGAGUCAGUUUACGACCUCCUGGACCCAGGACUCUUUAAUGCAUCUCGCAGCCUCAACGUGCUGCUGAAAUGGAAGCGGCCACAAGACAGCUUGGCUAUGGUGGCACCUGUGCUCCACGCUCAACGCUACGUGAGCGGCUACGGCCUUCAGACUGGAGAGAUCAGCACUGUUGUCUAUAACACACACCCAUACCGGGCUUUCCCUGUGCUGUUGCUGGAGACGGUGCCCUGGUACCUGCGACUCUACAUUCAUACGCUGACCAUUAUCACAAAAGGAAAGGAAAACAAACCAAGUUAUAUCCACUAUCAGCCCGCUCAAGACCGGCGGCGCCCUCAUCUCCUGGAGAUGCUGAUUCAGCUGCCAGCAAACUCUGUCACAAAGAUCACCAUCCAGUUUGAGAGGGUCUUGCUGAAGUGGACAGAAUACACUCCUGACCCCAACCACGGCUUUUACGUGAGUCCAUCUGUCCUGAGUGCUCUGGUGCCAAGCGUUACUGCCAUGGAGGAGGAAGAUGAAGAGCAGAGUCCGCUCUUUGCUUCACUGUUUCCUUCCUUUGAUGGCUCCAGCUACUUUGUACGCCUCUACACCGAACCGCUGCUGGUGAACCUGCCAACCCCAGACUUCAGCAUGCCGUAUAAUGUCAUCUGUCUGACCUGUACCGUGGUGGCUGUAUGCUAUGGCUCUUUUUAUAACCUCCUCACCAGAACAUUCCAUGUGGAAGAACCCAGCCAGGGAGGACUAGCCAAGCGACUGGCUAAUGUAAUCCGUAAACUGAGAGGCGUCCCUCUUCUUUGAAGGCGGCCAAGACAGCCAGUUUUUGAGAACUCUGCAGCCAGGACUUGAGGCUGUGAGAGGACAGGCCAGGUCCUCCGUCCCCAUAGCUUUCUAACGCCUGAACAGCCAACAGACCGUGUCAUUUUCCUCAUGGAUGGAAAACUUUGGAUCUCACGCACAAAUGCAAAGCGAGUCAGGAAAGAAACUGGGCUAGUUUUGCUUAUUUUUUUCCCUGGGAGAGGGGGGGAUAACUUAUGUUCUGUGGAAAGAUUCUGUAAAUAAACCUGA